UCAGUUUUCCUAUAUAUAAAACAUAACCACACUACGAAGUGUAGUUCGCUCUUCAAACUAUGGAAAUUUGAACUUCAAUAGUAAUUCUGAAUUGAAGAAGUCAUAAUGGGAAUAAGUGGAUUAUUGCCAUUUCUCGAAAAAGCUACAAAACCAUGUCAUAUAUCAGAGUUUAGAGGUACAACUGUAGUUGUAGACACUUAUUGUUGGCUACAUAAAGCUGCCACUGCUGUUUCUUUUCAUUCAUCUGAUAAUGAUAAUCAUACCUAUGUCAAUUACUGCGUCAAGUAUAUUAAACUGCUACGGUCCCACGAUAUAAGGCCAAUACUUGUUUUCGAUGGCAAAAACUUGCCUGCAAAAUCAGAGACUGAAUUGAAACGAAGAGAAUCUCGAGUUAAAGCUAAACAUAGGGCUGCUGAAUUGUUACGAUUAGGUAAAACUGAGGAAGCAAAAUCCUAUCUGAAACAAAGUAUAAAUAUAACUCCUGAAAUAGCAUCUGCUGUAAUAAAGGAAUGCCACAAGAUGAAUAUAGAUUGUAUUGUUGCUCCGUACGAGUCUGAUGCACAAUUGGCAUAUUUCAAUAUAAAAGGAAUUGCUGAACUAGUCAUUACAGAGGACUCAGAUUUGAUGUUGUUUGGAUGCACAAGAGUGAUUUACAAACUAGAUAUGCAGGGUUGUGGUUAUCUAGUAGAAGCAGAUAAGCUACACUUAGCCACGAAAAUUCGACCAGAUAGUUAUACCUUCGACAAAUUCCGUUACAUGUGCAUUCUGUCUGGUUGUGAUUAUGUAGACUCCUUGCCAGGUAUAGGGCUCAAAAAAGCCGAGAAAUUCUUUGCGCUUACUGAAGAGACUAAUCCCUUAAUUUUUUUAGAUAAAGUACCAAGAUACCUCAAUAUGCGACACCUUCAAAUAUCUGAAGAAUAUAAAGAAAAGUUCAUGAUAGCCGAUGCCACAUUUCGCCACCAAACAGUGUUCGAUCCGUUUAAGAAAAGAUUAGUUCCUCUUACAGAACCUGAAGUUUGUGGUACAAAUCCAAAGUACUGUAAAAAUGCUGGAGAAAUAUUCAGUCAUGACAUUGCUUAUCAAGUAGCACUUGGCAACCUCCAUCCCACUAAACACAGUGAACUGAAUAGUUGGUCCCCUACAAAAGCAGGUGUAUCAAAUAGCAGUAUAUGGUCUGGUGUUUACAAGAAAAUCAUUCCACGGAAAGAGCAUCUGUUCACAUCUACUCCUAAGAAUAAACCCAAAUUUGAACACAAAAUUGAAAUUUUAGACUAUGAGAAGCUGAAAGCUGAAGAGGAUCAAAAAAUUGAAGAGGAGCUUCAAGUAUACUGUAGGAAGUCAACAGACAAGUCCGCAUGUAGAAUUGACAUAGAUGAAUCAAAUAAAGAAUCUCCGCCUGAAAACAACGUUGAAACCUCACCUGUUUUAAAAAGAAAUCCCUUCAUCAAGAGGUUGAGCAAGUUCAAAAGCACCAGUAGCAUAGAGAAGGGUAUUAUAGUAAAAAGUAGAUUUUUCUGUCAGCCUGCUGAGGAUUCAGCAAAAAUAGAUAAAACAGUUUGUGCAGACCAACAAAAUAAUGAACUGAAAACUGUUGAAAUUGUAUCCCCAGAAAGUAUCUCACACAGCAUUAUAGAGUGUAGGGAAGAAACUGACAGUAUUAAAUUGAACGAAAGUAUUGAUGUUUUUAAAACAGAACCUUUUAUAAAAGAUGUUAUAGAUCUGAAUGUGGAGGAUACACAUACAGAGGAGGAAAAAAUCUGUGUCAAUAGGCCGGAGUCCAGUAUCUCUCAAAAGGUUUGCAUUCACUUUUACAAUAUUAUACAGAGAUAA